AUGAAUAUUGUUUCUCAUAUCCCGUCUUUCCUUUCUAAUCACAGCAACAACCCUUCCACUCUUCCUCCCAAACACCACCUACCUCACUCCCCUCAUCAUCUCAGCGGCCUCCCGUCUCCUGCUCCUCCUCUUCCUCUCUCCAUAGCCGGUCUGCCCUCCUCCCACUACUCCCUUCACUCGCCCUCUCACCUCUCCAGCCAUCCGGCCAUGUUCGCCAACCCUGCUACACUGCCUCCUCCACCCACCUUACCGACCAACAGCCUGGUGGUGCCAGGACACCCUGCCGGACCACCCUAUCCAGCCCCCGCGCCUAGACCGCUCCCUAUCUCCCCGAACCCUCUCAGUAUCAAGAAGGAAUCUGUGCCCCCUAACCCCACCCCUUCCCUCCUGAGGAACCAAUCCCUCAGCGGCCUCCCGUCUCCUGCUCCUCCUCUUCCUCUCUCCAUAGCCGGUCUGCCUUCCUCCCACUACUCCCUCCACUCGCCUUCUCACCUCUCCAGCCAUCCUGCCAUGUUCGCCACCCCUGCUACACUGCCUCCUCCGCCCACCUUACCGACCAACAGCCUGGUGGUUCCAGGACACCCUGCCGGACCACCCUAUCCAGAGCAUGAUAUUCUGCGGCAGGAGCUGAACAACCGCUUCCUGGUUCAGAGCUCGGAGCGAGGUCGGGGGCCGGCGCCAGGGGCGACACGGUCACCGUUGGCCCCUGUGUCGCUCCUCCGGGCCGAGUUUCACCAACAUCAGCAUAUGCACCAGCACCAACACACGCAUCAGCACACCUUCACGCCCUUCCCUGCCAUCAUUGGGCCGCCCACUGCACCUCCCAUGUUCGAGAAAUACGCCCCAAAGCUGGACAAUCCUUUCUUGAGACAUUCAAAUUUCUUUCCCUCCUAUCCACCAACAAUGCCAGGCAUGCCUCCAAUGCUUCCACAUUCAGGGCCCUUCAGUUCACUGCAAGGAGCCUUCCAGCCAAAGGCUUCAAACCCUCUUGAUGUUGCAGCACGACCAGGAACAGUUCCACACACUCUCCUUCAGAAGGACCCAAGGAUAACAGAUCCUUUUAGAACUUCAGUAAGAAAGCCAGGUAAAUGGUGUGCAGUGCAUGUUCAAAUCGCCUGGCAGAUCUACCAUCAUCAGCAGAAGAUGAAACAGAUGCACAUGGACCCUCAUAAACUGGAUAUGAAUGGAAAACUUGAUCUGUUCAGCCGUCCUCCAGCUCCAGGCGUGUUCCCUGGGUUCCCCUACCCUCAUGAUCUGGCCAGACCCCUCUUUUCAUCAACAGCAUCGGGACAUCCAGCUGCUUCACCCUAUGGACCGUCUCCUCACCACACUGCCUUCCUGCCUCCUAGCCAUUUGGCAGGUAAGUGUAAUCUUGUUUUUGUUUGUCAAGCUUCAAACCCUCUUGAUGUUGCAGCACGACCAGGAACAGUUCCACACACUCUCCUUCAGAAGGACCCAAGGAUAACAGAUCCUUUUAGAACUUCAGUAAGAAAGCCAGGCAAAUGGUGUGCAGUGCAUGUUCAAAUCGCCUGGCAGAUCUACCAUCAUCAGCAGAAGAUGAAACAGAUGCACAUGGACCCUCAUAAACUGGAUAUGAAUGGAAAACUUGAUCUGUUCAGCCGUCCUCCAGCUCCAGGCGUGUUCCCUGGGUUCCCCUACCCUCAUGAUCUGGCCAGACCCCUCUUUUCAUCAACAGCAUCGGGACAUCCAGCUGCUUCACCCUAUGGACCGUCUCCUCACCACACUGCCUUCCUGCCUCCUAGCCAUUUGGCAGAUCCAUUCAGUCGCUCCAGUACCUUUGGCGGCCUCAGCAACCUUUCAAGCAGUGCCUUCGGUGGAUUAGGCAACCCAGCCCUCGGGGCCAACAGUGUGUUUGGACCCAAAGAGGGUCCAGGGCUGCCUGGUCUCAGUAGUCCUCAUCAUGACACCUGGAAUCGGCUGCACCGAACACCACCUUCCUUCCCGACCCCUCCACAGUGGCCCAAAUCUGCAGAUGCAGAAAGAAGCAGCUCGGCAAACAGCCAUGAAAGAGAGAGAGAGCGGGAGAAAGAAAAAGAACGGGAGAGAGAAAAAAGGGACUCUUCUGUUGGGAAAGAAGAGAAAGAUAAAGACAGAGACUCUUUAGAUCGUAACCGCCAUUCGAACCGCUCUUCUCCAGCUUCCGCUCCAGUUAGCUACCAGAUCAGCAGCCUGAUCCGCUCAAACAGCCAGAACUCGACCGACUCCGGCAGACACCGUAGUGGUAGUGCCGACCGCAACCGUGAGCCUGAGAAAGAGCUGUUGGACCGUCAACGAGAGGCUGGCAUUUUGGGAGACAUAAAGGUGAAGGAAAGUCGUUCUCCAGGGAAGGAGAUCACAGACAGACGUUCCUCGGAAGACUCUCUAAAAUCCGUUCACCGAUCGCCCUCUCCAUACUCGAAAAAUGUCCUUAAUGAUGCAGGAAUCAAGAUGGGUAUCCCACAACCGCUACCGAUUAAAGAAGUGGAGAGGGAUAGGAAGGAAACCAGCUCAGGGGAUCUACUACAGAAGGUGAAGAACGAUAUGAAGAUCAAGGAAGAAUGCAAGGAAGACCAGGACGUGAUGGUGGUUGGAUCCGAAGCUGCCACUAAACCUCAACUCCCUCCUCCACCUCAUCAAACCACACCAAUAGCUCACCACCCUGCACUAUCCCAUCAGCCUCCUCCGCCAUCUCCUCGCUGUAGUGACCCUCCAACACUAUCCUCACUUCACAGUGUCCCCAUGCCACACUCAUUGCCGCUCACUCUGAGUGCCAUGCAUCAAAUGGGAAGUCUGAAUGCACUUGAACGCACCCGCAUGGCACCGUUUAUGGGAGUCAGCCCUCUUGCAGCAGGUCGAGACCGCCUUCCUCAUCCGGCGUUUUCCUGGGAUCCUCUUCGAGAGGCUUACCGAAACCUCGACUUUCAACGGCGCAUGGAUUUCCAGCUUCGUUCCGAACCUGGGCACCGUUUCCCUGGUGUCUACGAUCCAGAACGGCCCUAUCGGGAUCGGGAGCCACAUGACUACUCGCACCACGAACACCUCCUGGAAUUUCGGCGGGAACAGGAGAGACUGAGGCAACAGGCUGAAGAAAGGGAAAGGUUGCAUUUACGGGAGGAACUGGAUCGAGCAAGGCUUCACCAACUUCACCAAUCGCCCAUUGAAGGACACUUACCCCACAUGCCGCCUUUUAUGUCACACCUUGGCGGGAUGCCGUACCCAAGGCUUAGCCCUUCAACAGGUCAUAAUGGACUUCUUAACCGGACACCCCCAACUGCAGCACUAAGUGCCCCUCCUCCUCUGGUACCCUCUGGUGCUGCCAGACCGGCGUCGCCAAGACGGACUACGCCAAUCACCACCCAGGACCCUCGGGAGUACUCACCGUCACGCAACCCCAAAGAAGUGGAGGCACGGUAACAUACUAGAAAGGAAAAUGCCUCACUUGAGUUGGACACAGGCAACAUGCACUUAUUUUCACACAAAAUAGAGUAAAUGAUAAAUAGGUAUGUGUAAUUUGUACAGAUAUUUGUACCUUGGAGCAAGCACAUCAACUGGCUUUUUCAAAUGAUUGGAGUGGAAGAAAAGAGUUGUUAGCUCCAACUCUUGGUAGCUCCAAACCUAAGACGUGAACGUGAACCACCAAACAGAAAUUUGAUAAUAUAUUAAUCCAAUGCCUUUUCAUUUUUUCAUGUGAAAAGACAUUCUGAAAUUUGUUUGUACAUUUCCUAUCCUUAAUGUACAGACAUUUUUUUAUGUAUUUGCAUUAAAGGGAUAGUUCACCUUCAGUUGCUGGUC